GCCUACUAAACUCGGGUUAUCUGGGAAGGCGGAUUUUCGGACGGACGCAGUGAAUUUCAGAGGGGAAAACGAGACACAAAAGGAGCCUGGCGGUGUUUUUUAAUCAGCGAGCUCAGCGUUUGGAGCGGAAUUUCGGACUGGGCGUUUAGAUCCGCGGCUUUAGCGCGUAGGAUAUCACAUUUCUGAGAUAAAACGCCGGGAGCGCGUCCACAGGCAGCACGCGGCGUUAUUUUUAAAGAUAGACAGUUUUUUUAAAGACGAGGAGAAACAAGAACGCGGCUCCUCCCUUUUUCACCCCCUUCACUAUUUUUCACACAAUUACUUCGUUUAAGCUGAAGUUCUACGCGGUUUGAACACAGCCUAACUGCGACACCUCGUUUGGCUGUAGUUAGCUGAGCCGCGGGCUGCGGAUUUUGCACACAGCGGUUUGGCUCGAGGUCUUUAGGCGGACGAUCUAACUGAAGCUCAGCUGAAUCCCAUUAGUGAAGUUGGAUGGCUGCCUGAGCUUGUGGCUCCCACCGGCUGUAAACUGGACAGCACCGCUGGGGGUGGAACGUGGGAGUGUGAAAUUCAGCCCGCGUUGCCCCAUGUUGACGACCCACACCUGCUGCAGCUCCACCGCGGCGAGCUCGGCCACGGCGCCGCCGCCUCCUCCUCCCUCUCCUCCGCCCCUCCGACACUGGCAGCAGGAGCCCAGCCAGCGUUUCUAAAGCGGCCCGGUAUGGAGGACGGGCCCGCAAGCGCCACCAGCGUCGCCUCCCCUGCAUCUAAAUGCCCCUCCGUACCAGGUUCUCGUUGCGAUCUUCUCCACGCGAGUACUCCCGAAGCGCGGGACGGAGAUGGGGACUCGAGCUCUCCCAGCGAAGGCUCUGUGGUGCGUGGAGGCAGCGACCCAAGUGCGUCGAAUUACCGGCGGGGAGCGGGAGCGCGGCAGCAGCGCUUCAUCCGCCGGAGCUUGUGGUUCGCCGACAGCGACGAUCAGCAGGGAUGCGAGCCCACCGAGAACGAAUGCGCAACCGUGACCGCCAGCGUGAGCCUGCGGAACCUGGUGGUGGACCGGAGCCGCAGGGCCGCGCGCACGAGCCUACGGGAAGGCUCGAGCACAGAAAGCCAGGGACAAGGCGGCCAUAAGGACAGUGCCACGGAGAGUGCGAGCGCCGACGAGGAGAGGGGACGCGUGGACGGAGCCGCGGCGGUUGUUGUCCCCGCAAGCCCCGCCACCGCCGCCACCGAGCUGAACGGCGACACCACGGACGGAACGCGAGGCAACGCGACGAAAUGCGCGAGCGAGGAGAACGAGGAGGAGGCCGAGAUGAAGGCCGUGGCUACCUCGCCCGGUGGUCGUUUCCUCAAGUUUGACAUCGAGCUCGGGAGGGGCUCAUUUAAAACCGUCUACAAAGGCCUGGACACCGAGACGUGGGUGGAGGUGGCGUGGUGCGAGCUUCAGGACCGGAAGCUGACGAAGGUAGAAAGGCAGCGCUUCAAAGAGGAGGCGGAGAUGCUGAAGGGUCUGCAGCAUCCCAACAUUGUUCGCUUCUAUGACUUCUGGGAGUCUCUGCUUAAAGGAAAAAAAUGCAUUGUUCUGGUGACUGAACUCAUGACCUCAGGGACUCUGAAAACCUAUCUAAAGCGCUUUAAAGUGAUGAAGCCCAAAGUCUUACGGAGCUGGUGUCGACAGAUCCUCAAAGGCCUGCACUUUCUGCACACACGCACCCCACCAAUCAUUCAUCGAGACCUUAAGUGCGACAACAUCUUUAUCACAGGUCCUACGGGCAGUGUGAAGAUCGGAGACCUGGGCCUCGCCACUCUGAAGAGAGCCUCCUUCGCCAAGAGCGUCAUCGGCACUCCUGAGUUCAUGGCCCCAGAGAUGUAUGAGGAGCACUACGAUGAGUCUGUGGAUGUUUACGCCUUUGGUAUGUGCAUGCUGGAGAUGGCCACAUCGGAAUACCCCUACUCUGAAUGCCAAAAUGCUGCUCAGAUCUAUCGUAAAGUCACCAGCGGGGUGAAGCCUGCCAGCUUUAACAAGGUCAUGGACCCCGAGGUCAAGGAGAUCAUUGGAGAGUGUAUCUGCCAGAAUAAGGAGGACCGCUACUCCAUAAAGGACCUCCUGAACCACGCCUUCUUUGCGGAAGACACGGGCGUGCGAGUGGAGCUGGCUGAGGAAAAUGAUGGGAGGAAGGCGUCCAUCGCGCUGAGGCUGUGGGUGGAAGACCCGCGCAAGCUGAAGGGCAAAUACAAGGAUGGGGGAGUCAUAGAGUUCACCUUUGAUCUGGAGAAGGAGGUGCCGGAAGGUGUGGCUCAGGAGAUGGUGGAGUCGGGCUUGUUUCAUGAGAGCGAUGCGAAGAUAGUGGGGAAGUCGAUCAGGGAUCGGGUGGCGUUAAUAAAGUGGAGACGGGAGCGCACCGUGCCGUCAGAAGCUCAGAGCAGCACCACUCAGGCCGCGCCAGUCCAGCUGGCCGCUGGCACAGUGCCCGCUCUGUGUGAACCCAGUGGCCCAGUGGACCUCGAGGAGUCUGAGGCAGACCAGCACAGCCACCUGGGCAACCUCAGUGCCAGCACCACCUCUACAACAUCUGACAGCGGUAUUGGCUCUACAGUGUAUUCAGACUCCCACAGUAGCAGCCAGCACAGUGUCCUAUACCAGUCUCUGCAGGAGACAGUCUCCACGGCAACGCAGCAGCAUCAUCCCAGCGGCCUGUUUUUGACAUCUCGAGAUCGUGUUUUGGAAGUGUUGGGUUCAUCCCAGGGGGCGGGGUGUAAAGCAGGUGCAUGCGCCCAAGGUUCUUGCCUGACAGACAGUCUCAAACAUCACAUGCACAUUCAGUCUGUAUUCCGGCCAGUGAGCCCUGAUCCUUUGCACGUCCUGCCGGCCCUUUCAGAUCGGAGAGAGGAGGAUGGCGAAAGCUGUUUCUUCUCACAGAGGUUGCUGCUCUCUCCUCUGACGUUUGAGCCUCGACGCCACAGCGACUCGUCCAUGGGGCUGCUGUCGGAGACUGAGGGCGAGCAUAUGGUGGUUUCUGAGGCCCGAGCUCGGCGUUCUUCUUUGAGCUACGCCCCUUUGAGCCACGCCUGCCCGUCGCUGCUUCUGCUCAGGACUCGGGCAGAGAAAAGUGCUGGUGCUGUCCUCCCUCCUCUGUAUAUGUGCAGUUGCCAACGUCGAUCUCCUGUGCCCUCGCCCACUGGACUCCUCCCAGGCACAGGUGGGCAUAAGGGCUCCCACAAUGAAAGCUCAGACAUAUCAGACCUCAAUAAAUCUCUGCAAAGCAUCACCGGCCAUAAGCAUACCCCCAAUGCCUCCUUUCUAAGAGUCCCGCCAAUACUGGCUGAAACGGGGCCGCACCGGCCCGCCCGCAGCCACGGCCAUGAGAAGCAGAUGGAGUCUCUGGGCGGUGAGCCAACGCCAAAGCCGACCGCACCCCGCAGAGCGAGCAUGUGUGUGGGUGACCACAGCCUCAAUCACAGGUCUGGAGUGUCCGGUGCAGCUCUGCAGCUUCACACCCACCUACUUCAACCUUCGCAGAGCUAUGCUGCUGCACCUGCUGCAGCAGCUGCACUGGUAGCACCUACGCAGCCUGGCUACCCACCUCCAGGCCAGCCUCUGCAGCCCCAGAGCUACUCGUCUGUCCCCUCAACUGUGCAGCAGCAGGCCACCUUCACCCAGCAUGUACCAGUGCAACAACCUGUACCUGCACAGAGCAUGAACAUCCAGAGCUAUCCUGCUACAGGACAUACUGGACUGCCAAGUGUUCAGGCCAACCUGCAUCAGACUGUGGGUUAUGUUCCUGUUCCCCCUGUGCAGGCUUUAGCACCUGUGCAGGCUUUAGCACCUGUGCAGGCUUUAGCACUCCCUAACCAAGCACCACCAACUGUGCAGCAGACACUAGGUACAACCACCCAAAUUUACCCACUGUUGCAGCAAGGUAUGGCAGUGGUUAAUAACCAAAACCUAACAGCCUCCCAGAGCAGUGUGUUGCCUGUUCCAGCCCAUGUACCCAUGCAGCAGGCCUCAGCCAUGCAAAACUUUCCAGAUGCUGCAACGCUGCAGCUUAGCAUACAGACUCUUCAAACUGGAGCUUCCAGCUUGCAGCAUGGUUCAGUUGCACCUUCACUGCUGCAGUCCAGACCAGAGGCAGUACAGCAUCAGCAGGCGAUUGCACACCAAGGAUUACACCCACCGGGUGGGAUCGUAUCUGGAAAAACGGAAUUAGCAGAGUCUGCUCUUCACAGCCCUUCACAGCUGCAGUCAGUAGCUUCUGCAGGUACACCUGCCUUUUCAAGUCACACAGCCUUGGAAUCACAGAAAAUCCUUCAGUCAUCCAGUGUACCAUCUCAGAUGUUUUCCGCUCAGCCUUCAUUGGCCCAUUGUACUGCUGCUCAACAACAGCAACCACACCAGACUUCAUCAAAGACACCAAGUCACCUCGCACAGCUACCCUCACUGAACCCUGUAUCUUCUGUCGGGGUCCUUCUUUCUGGACAAGAUUCCUGUUCCUCCUCUUUUUCUUCCUCUGUGCAGUCAUCCCUCACUCCACUGUACCUCUCUACCGGCCAGCCUGCCCCUUCACUUCCCUCGCUUUCACCGGUGCCCUGCUCACAAAUGGAGGAAGCUGUUUCAGCCCAGCAUCCUCUUCUUCUACCCUCCACCUCCCCAUUACCCACACAGAGUCCUCAGAAACCCUUCACUGCUCCUGCAUUCACAACUGCAGCUCCCACAAUAAACGCUUACCAGCACAGCUACCCUGUGGCUCAGCAGAACAGUGCAAACUCAAUCACCACACCUUCCUUACUCACCAUAUGUCAGACCACUCCCCCAGUGCACCAGAACCUACCUCCUUCACCAAACCCUGCCUCACUCUCCAUUGGAGCUCUUCCCACCUCCCAAGUUCCUCUUCCUCAGGGUGCCUCUACCAGCAAUAAUCAGGCUCCAGCUGUGCUUCCAGUCCCAAAACCAGCCCAGAUGUGCUCCACUCAGAGUGGUGUCUUUAUUUCCACCUCUUCAGUUCCAGUGCAUUGUUCUCAGACUGCUGUCACCACAGCUCCCAUCGCCACCGCCGUCCCAGCCUGCCCUGCCCAAACCGCCACUGCCGCCCAGCUUCCUCAGCCUGCCCUCCAGGCGGCCUUAACAAGCCAGUCUCCAUCUUUGGGUACCGCAGUACCGGAUCUCGGCAGCACUGCUGCGCCUUUGGAUCUGAACCAGGAGCCCCAGGUCUUUGCAGCCAGCUCCAGCAUGAGUCAGCAGAAGCAGUCCAGCGCUCGCGGGAGUGGAGUGGGCCAGCCGCCCACUGACGUUUUUGCAGAGGAGUCUAUAUUGGAUAAACAGACAACAGUGGCUGGAUCUGCCUAUGACAGUGUAAACUCUGAUGCCACAUCUGGAAAGGAGAUGAGUGAUGGGAACGAGGGGACACAUGGUGGGAGAAGUGAGUCGAGGGUCCGGAAACAUCUCCGCAAGUCCUCUCGCACACGGUCACGUCAGGAGAAGACCGGCAAGCCUAAGCUGAGCAUGUUGAACGUGUGUAACACUGGGGACAAGAUGGUGGAAUGCCAGCUGGAGACUCAUAACCACAAGAUGGUCACCUUUAAGUUUGAUCUGGAUGGAGAUGCACCGGAAGAGAUUGCCACAUACAUGGUUGAGAAUGAUUUCAUCCUGCUGCUGGAGAAGGAGAUGUUCAUCGAGCAGUUGAAGGAUAUUGUUGAGAAAGCCGAAGACAUCCUGAGUGAAGAUGCAGAGGGAGAGAGGGGCUCGGACCCGUCGUCCCGACCCGGUCACAGCCUCAUCAGCAGAACCUCGGGCUCUGAGGUUUUAACACCUCAGCUUAUGCAGUCUAACCAACUGGUCUACCAACAAAAUGUACUUCACACUGGAAAACGUUUGUUCAUCAUCUGCCCUGUGGCUGAGGUUCCUACAUACAAAGGAGAAGACAAAGACUCUGAAGGACUUCCUGCAGCUCAGAUACCAGAUGCCAGUGUGGGUGAAGCCGUAGCUCCUCAGAAACCUUCAUCUCUACCCAAGCCCUACGUCACUUCCCCAGAGUCUAGCCAAUCAGUGGAGGAUCAUCAGGCUAGUCACUCAGUAGCAGCAGCAGUUUCCAUGGUUGCAGACAUUCCAUGCUGUCCAAUCACCCCUCCUGUUCCCCAGGAUGCGAGUUCAGAAAAAUUACACGCAGCUCUUCACCAGCCGGCCAGUCGCGAUGUCAGCCCUGUUACAGACACACCCCUGAACCAGGCCCAAACCGUAGUGCUUCAGCAACCGUUUUCCACACCCAUAGCGCCCCCUACUGUCAGCACUGCGCAGUCCCAGCCCCAGAGCCCAGCUCACCAGACACAGCACGCCCCUUCUUCUGCAUCGUCUACGUCAGGCCUGGCCUCGUCCCAGGCUCAGCCAGGCACUGGACCGGGGGAGUCUGACGGGGAGGGCCCUCCCAGGCUGGAGUUUGCUGAUCGGACAAUAAAGACCCUGGACGAGAAACUUAGAAAUCUUCUUUACCAAGAGUACAACCCGUCACAAACCACCAGCUCAGCGUCCGACCCCCCGGGCUCUCCGCCCAUGUCAGACAGCCAGGGCAGCGACGGUGCUCUGAGAAAAGGAGAAAUGCUGCCUCAGAUUCCAGAGAGGAGCGAUAGUCUGGGAACCCUCAGUGACUCUGCUGUUGCCCCUUUGAACAGAAUGCUGAUUCGGAACGACUCCACAGAAAGCUCCAGUGGACAGAGUUCAUGCAAGAGUCGCUUCAAGAUUGUUCCGACGCCUCCAGAUGUUGUGCGUUGUUUGGAGCACAGCAGGACGAGCUCUGCAGGAGCUGCUCAGAGAGACGGAGAAGCUGCAGAAACCACAAACGCUGAGGUUUCCUUUACACCCAACAACGGAGACCAGGCCAAGACUCACAGCAACCGCUACUCUGCUCCUCCAGACUUCUAUCAGGAUGUGCACUCGUCCAGCCGGGAGAUUAUUCCUUCAAUACCACAUGCUCAGACCUCCCUGUCGAUCGACGUAGCGACGCAACACGGCUUGAACCUCUCCUCCGAUUCCUGUGAAGAAGAUAACAGCUUUUCUGCAGCCCAUAAACCCAGCCCGCAUGCUCACGCUCUGUCCGAGCACAGCGGCACCGAUCUCAUGAAGCGUGCUGUGGCCUUCUUCCGCCGCUCGGGCCGCAGUAGCAGCGUGCAGAGCUCAGACUCGCCCAGCCGCCCACCGCUCCUUAACGGGCACGCCCCCUGUGUCUCCAACCACGCCCACUCCACCUAUGUCAGCAGCGAUAACGACUCUGAGUUUGAGGACGCAGACAUGAAGAAGGAGCUCCAGAGGCUCAGAGAGAAGCAUAUGAAGGAAAUCUCAGAGCUGCAGGCUCAUCAGAGGGGUGAGAUAGAGCAGCUGUACUCUCGGUUGGGCCGCUCUGUGCCGCCCAGCGUGGGCUUUCUGCAUGCAGCGCCCCCCACUGGCCGCCGCCGAAGAGCCUCCAAACACAAACUGAAGGCCGGCAAGCUCCUCAACCCCAUGGUGCAACAGCUCAAAAGCAAUCGAGCUGAGACCUGUUCCAGUGCUUCAACUUCUCCAGCCAAAAGCUCGGUCCUCAACACCUCUGCAGGUUCCAGCAUGGCCACGCUGCAGAGUCCUGUAUCAGAACCACUGCAGCCAGUCCAAACCCAGCAGCCCUGCUCACUCAAAGUCUCUCUGUCCUCUGACAACAUCUACGGUUCACCCACACACACACCACCUGGACAAGGCUGGACCGUUUACCACCAAACAUCCGAGAGAGUCACCUAUAAAUCUAGUAGCAAACCGCGCACUAGAUUCCUCAGUGGACCCGUGUCUCUGUCCAUCUGGUCCACUCUGAAACGACUAUGUCUAGGCAAAGAGCGCAGUAGUAGGUCUUCGCACAGCGCUGGUGCUACCCCAGUGACCACAGCAUCCAAUCAGCAAUCUACCCCACCUCCUGUGGUAACACCUGUGCCACCUCCCCGGCCAAUGACAGCGCUGGCGCAGGCUCAGACGAACAACAGCAACAAUAAAACCGGGACUUUUACAGAUGACUUGCACAAGCUGGUGGAUGAUUGGGCUAAGGAAACGCUUGCUGUCGCCCCUCAGCCCCGCCCCUCUCUAAACCAGAUUAAACAGCAGCAGCGGCAUCAGGACUUCAAGCCAACAUCCAUACGUAUGAGUGGAGCUUCGAAUCAGAUAAAGCCUCCAGUUCCUCCAAGCUCUUUGCCGUUUCAGCUGCCACUCACCUGCCCGCUCUCUUCAUCAAUGGGUCCGGCAAUGCCCCCUACCCUCAGCACCACACCCUCACCCGUCCUCCAGCCGGCCAGCUACCUUCUUCCCACUGCUCCUUUCGGAGGAGUGAUGCCAACCCCAGGGUACCAGACACAGUGGCCUGGAAUUCCUUGUCCAGCUGGCACGAUGGGCCCAGGGAACUUGCUUGGCACGGCGGGUAUGGUACCCUUCCCUGCACUGGCCAACCCUGCACUGCAAGCCUUUCCAAUGGCGCUGAAUGGCUCGGACAACCCUGUGUGUCCUGGCAGCGCUAGAACUGUUUAAUUCACCUUCUCACCCGAGUCACCCAGUGUUUUCCUACUAAUCCCAUUCCACGAGCAAAGUCCUGGGCCAACAACUAAUCCGUACAUUUUACACAUGCGCUAAUGCGUGAGGUUACCAUGAUCUCACAUCAUUUGAAACUACAGUACUUCACUCCUAAUUCCUUUGCAUUGGUCCAGUGUUAAUGAUGUAAAUCUCCUCCCUUCCCAUCCAGAGCCUGUAAAUAGUGUGUGUGUGUGCACGUGUGCCGGAGAGAGUGGAAGUACGUCUGCAUUUGUCUGUAUUGUAUCACUAUGGCCUUUAUGAAUUCUACAGCCAUAAUUGGUCAAUCUCAUGUGGUCUCUAUUAUAUUUUUCGUAUUAUGUUUUGUCCCCCCCUUCCCACAAGUCAGCAAAUCACUGUUUCAAAGGCCUAGAAGAGAUGAAACAAAAGGGUUUUUUUUUGCUGAUGGCCACCAGAGCUGUAGCUACACAAUACACUGUGGAGGGUGAGGGGAGGAGCAGAUCAUUUUAGAAGCACUAUCUAAUCUAAUCUGUUUAGUGAUAAAGAGUAAAGAUUUCCAGCACAACAUCUUCACCUGUACCUGUAUUUGUGGGACUACAGAUCUAUGGUUGUUUUCUUAAGAUUAUUACUUUAAACUGUUUGUUUGGUUUUUUUUUUGUGUUCAUCCACAGUGUAGAAGGAAGUCUCGGACCACAUUACAAAUUCUCUACACAAAAAAAGAAAGAGUCUCAAGGAGAACGUAGUGCCUUGUGAUCCCAAAAAUCUGCAAGUCUUUAAUGCGUUACCGUGAAUCUUGUUUUAGAAUAAAGUCGUAUUUUCACUUUCUUCCCCCUUUUUGCACAUUUAUUUAGUCGAUACUUGAUUGUUUACAUUUUUAAUAUCCUUCAGAUUAAGCACUGCAUGCACCAUGCUCUUAAUUUGAUUGCACAACUGUAACAACAUUUUGUAUUGGUCCAAAAAAUUUAACAUUUAAACAGAUUUGGUUUUGGUUUACAAUGCUGACACAAAGCUGUUUCAAGCACAAUGUGAGAAAUUUAACAUCUAAACUGAUGCCCACUUGCUUUUGCCAUCUUGCUGUCGGGCAACGAAUCAACACAGCCUCUGUUACUGCAUUCAUAGAAAUGUGAAACGGGAGAAAUUGUGGUGCUUGAGAACGGCAUGGUUUUCAUAGUGCGUUUUGGUGAGGGAGGGGCAGGAGAACCUGUUUGCAUGCUUUAAAGUUUAUUGGUUGUUUUGUUUGUUUGUGUGUGUACUGUUUGUAUCUGAGAAUGUAGCGCUAGCCGCACCAUGGCGAUGUGGUAGUGGGACAGUGUAGCUAUGUAGCGUUACAGUACAGCCGGUGUGAUCUGGGUGGGAGGGUGACGACUGUGUAGCUACAUACAUUUAUUUAAGUGCAAUCUCUCCUCAUUUCAUAAUGGAUUAAUCAGAUGAAAGUAGGAAAAGCUUUGAGAAAUGGCCUUGCCGCUAGCCUUAUCCACACUCCAGGGGCCAGUAUUUGGCACUGUACAGGACUGCCUAGCGUUCCAUACACUGACUAAAAUGAACUUAGUUUAGGUUGAACUUCAGUUCGGUGUUUUUAUCUUAUCCCUUGGCACUUUUUUUGUAUUUGAUUUUUGUAUUGGAGGUAUUGUUUAUUUGUGGAGGACUGUGCAAUCUGUAGACUAAUUCAGAUGGUCUAUUUACUUACUUUACUUACUAGCUUAUUUUUUUCUUCUUUAUUUUCUUGUUUUUUUCCCAUUCUCCAGUGCUGCUAGUGUAUCUUGAGUGACCGAUAUAUUUUAAAAAACAGUGGUGAGCGACAGUGACUAAAAGCACACACAAAGUAGUGUACACACUACACAAGGCAAUACAUUGACUUGGCUCUUACAAACUGACCAAGUUAUUUCUAGAAAAGUGUGGAAACUAAAAGUCCAGCCCUAAGCCAUUUGAACAGCAGUUCCAGAUACUGCUCUCUUCAUGUUGGCAUUUGUGCAGAAGAAUCUAGCCAUGCUCCGCCCAGAAAUGUGCUACUUUUUGUAGACUGGGUCUGUAACAAAGGCUAUGCUACUGGGCUGGGUUGUGUUUGUGUCACUAAUCAAAACCAAAUUAGCCACCAGAUUGAAAACAAUCGAAUAUUAACAAGACUACAUCAUUUGGUCUAUACUAAUAACACUGUAACCUCGUAACAGUUGAUAAUAGAAUAUUUCUGCUGGUGGUUGGAGCAUAUAUACCAUUCCCCUGUUUUACUUUAGUUAUGUUUCAGAUGAUCUAAAGUUCAUCAGGUCUGAUUUAAGCAUAAUGGCCUUGAGUCCUAAAGACACUGCUAUAGUAAAACUGCACUUCCCUGUUUUCUCCACAAUCAAAGCCUGACGUUAAAGUACUAUAGAGUACUAAAAACUUGGACCAGCACGCUCAGGCUCUGCACUCCAACUUCCUUAAAAUAAAAAAAAUAAUAAUAAUAAAUAAAAUCGAGCCACUGUUUUGUAUCCUGUGUUGAGGAGGUUGUGAACCGUGGUUCUGCCAAGCUGUGAAAUUGUACAGGUUGCCUGUAAUUAAUGUAUGUAUAUUUCCUCAGCUUUGUACAACUUAAUUUUUUGUUUCUUUUGGGGCCUUUCCCUUGUGUACAUCUUUUUAUUCCAUCAAUUCAGUAUGAAUUGGACUUUUUAUAUAGGCUAUUAUGCAGAUUCCUCUGUUGUUUUGGGUGGAACACUUCUAGUACGAGAUUUUUGUCCUCUGUUACUUCUUGUAUUUCGCAUCCACUUUGCCAUUUCUGUGCAAUCCUUAAUCAGAUGUGGAACUCACUUAUUAUUUAUUGUUAACUGCUGACCAUUAUAUUAUUAUUUUUGUUAUGGAAGCUUUGUUCUUAAUUGCUUCUCCAUAGAAAACACACACUCUCUGCAUUACUUUAUUCAGCCCAGCCCAAACAAGCUGCACUCCAAUAACAAAGACUCUGUACAUGUUUAAGAAAUAAAUAAACAUUAUUUUGUGCUUGAUAA